AUGCUUGGAAGAUUCAGACCAAGCCUUGCAAGAACCCUUCCACGGACUGCUUUGAGGCAGUUAUCGUCAUCUGGAACUACUUAUAAUACUCGUGCAUCUGAAGAGGAAGUUUCUCACUUCAAUGCUUUGGCAUCGUCGUGGUGGGACGUUGAAGGUCCCCAGAGGAUUCUUCAUAAGAUGAACCUUCUUAGAAUGGACUUUGUUAAUGAUAUGAUACGUCUGCAUCUUAAGCUUAACCAAGGAAUCGAUGACCCCGAGGAGCAGGUCUACAUGCCACCGUUCAAUGUCAACUUGCUUCCUAAACCGGUAAGAGCUCGUAUACUACAAGAGCAAGAAGCCAGAAGAGAUGAGAUGCUUAACGCGAGAAGAUUGCGUGCUUUGGAUGUUGGCUGUGGAGGUGGCAUCUUCUCUGAAUCAUUGGCAAGACUUCCUUACGUGGAGCUGGUCAAAGGUAUAGAUUUGUCACCAGAUGUGAUCACGGCAGCAGAAUGGCAUAGAAAGCAGGACCCAGCAUUAGAGGGUAAACUCACAUACCAGCUUCAAGCAGUCGGCGACGUUCCUAAAAAAGAAAAGUAUGAUGUCGUUACUGCCUUUGAAAUGCUCGAGCAUGUUCCAUAUCCCUCGGAGAUUCUAAACGAGCUCUUCCAAAGGGUCGAGGAUGGCGGAUGGGUGUUCGUUUCUACGAUCAACAGAGACUUUGUCAGUUGGUUUACCACCAUCUUUAUGGCAGAAAGUGCUCUCGGCAUCGUGCCAAAGGGAACCCACACACUUGAAAAGUACAUUAACGAAGAGGAAAUCAGAGAUUGGUUUUCCAAAAGCAAGCAUGCUCAGACCUUUAGACAUGUUAAAAGCAAAGGCAGCUUCUACUUGCCUUCAUGUGGAUGGAGCUUCUCAGACCAUCCUGGCACAGGUAAUUACUUCAUGGCGUUCCAAAAAGUCAAGUAG